GUCCUGCGAGGCGGGCUGGGCCCGGCGCCGCCAGACGCAAGAUGGCGGCGCUGGGGAGGGCGGGGGCGGCGCUGCUGCGGACUGGGCGCGGGGCGGCGGGGCCGGCGCUGGGCUACCACAAAAACGUGGUGGACCACUACGAGAAUCCCCGCAACGUCGGCUCCCUCGACCGCAACUCCAAGAACGUGGGCACCGGCCUGGUGGGCGCCCCGGCCUGCGGCGACGUCAUGAAGCUGCAGGUCGAAGUGGACGAGAACGGCAGGAUUGUCGAAGCCCGCUUCAAGACUUUCGGCUGCGGAUCAGCGAUUGCUUCCAGUUCGCUGGCAACGGAGUGGGUUAAAGGGAAGACGGUUGACGAAGCAUUAAAAAUCAAGAACACGGAUAUUGCGAAAGAACUUUGCCUUCCUCCGGUCAAACUGCACUGCUCGAUGCUGGCUGAGGAUGCAAUCAAGGCUGCCUUGGCCGACUACAAGUUGAAGCAGCACCCAAAGAAAGAAGAGUCAGAGCAGAAAGCCAACUGAUUCCUGCAGGGACUGCGGAGGUUGUCCUCGUUCCAGUUAAACUUGCAGUGCAAUUACUCUAGCUAUUAGUAGAAUCCCGCGCACUACUAACGAAGCUGUAAGAUACGCACAACUCUACGCACAGCCCGUCACUGUUCUUGUGUGUACAGCCUCUCGUAGUGCUGGAAGGACUGGAGUUGGGUAUUUCAGCAGCCUGUGUCCUGUCCUAACUGGUCUGAAGUGUUACGAGGGAAGGACUCUUCAGCUGCGGGGAGCUCCGCUGGCUUCUCCGAGAAGAGCAAAUCCUGCUGUUGAGGACUGGAAGGGCUGCACUUUGGGGGAAGGUGGAUAGUUUUGCCUAAUGUUUUUCAGAGUUUAGUGGGAAACGUUGCCUCGGUCUUCAUGUUUCUGUAAGAACCGCAGCAGGGUUUGCGUAUCGGUGCAGUAUACAAAUUUUGGGUGGUUUGUCUGCGGA